GUCAUAUAUACGCGCCUGGUGUUUACAGGAAUCCGUCAAAAUAACACACAUUUACAUGAUUACAGCUGCUUUCGUAAAUUAAAUGGUCUAAAUAUACUUUGCAGAUCAUUGCAUGAAGACGUGAAGCAGAAGAUGUGAAUCAACACGCUGUCAGAGGCCGUAGUUGUCUGUUCAACCUAAAAUAAUGCAGUAAUAAUGAAGUGUAACAUGGUAUACAUGGUAUUUGUGAGAAGUUAAUUAUGGAGGAAGAGGAAGAUCUGGAGCUGUUUGGUGAGCAGCUGUACACUCUGAUUUACCCCAAACAUAAAGAAAACGCUGGAAAACUCACAGGUGAGGUGACUUAACACUGUUUUUAUAGGGGGGCUUUUUAUCCUAUAAUGAACAAAUAUCUAUACUGCAACAUUUAAAGCACAAAUUAUAGUUUGUGUUUUGUUGUGAGGUUUAUAUUUAAUUUUCUUUUUCUCAGGCAUGUUGCUGGAGCUGCCAUGUCCUGUCCUGGGUCAGAUGCUGCAGGAUGAAGCCCUGCUGAGCACAGCUGUGGACAAAGCCCUCAGAGCCCUGCAGGUUGCUCAAGAGCCAAGGUGCAGCAAUGUUUUUCCAAAUCCAAUUUACUGUGGUAUUAUUUAUGGGAAAUGUAUAGUUAAAGAGACAUUCCAGCGUAAAAUUAAUUUAGAGUCAAAUACACCGUAACACUGAGUUAGACACCCCCUCGAGAGAUGAAUGUUGCCGACUGCUUGCUUCUCUAGUUAUACCAACUUGAGUAAUGACCACACGAUAGCAAUACACAGUGGUCUCAGGAGCCAUAAACAAACCUCAACCAAAACGCCACUCUAUAGCCAUAAAUAAUGCUCAGAACAGCACCUAACAUCAUCAACAGGACAUAUAGGGUCCUAGACAUAGUACUAGCCACCAAACAUCUUUUUAACUUUGCCUAAUUUCUUUAGCAAAGAGACUAAACACAACUCACCUACUCUCUUCCAGCAGCCGUUUGUUUGUACAGAGACCUCAGGCCAGUACAUUACGGACUGCUGCGGGGUGACGCAGCUCAAGGAAGAACAUUUAUUAUCAUUUCUUCUUGGAAGUGCAAUCAGACCAAGACACUAAGGCAGAAGAACUACCGCAUCUGCAGUGCAAAAUGAGUAAUAUGGUGAUUAUUACUUCAAGGAAAUGAUAGAGAUGAUCAUAAAUGUUCUUCCUUGGGCUGCGUCACCCCGCUGCAGUCAAUGGACUCGCCUGGAAGUCUCUGUACAAACAAGCUGCUGCUGGAAGAGAGUAGGUGAGUUGUGUUUAGUCUCUUUGCUAAAGAAAUCAGGCAAAGUUAAAAAGAUGUUUGGUGGCUAGUGCUGUGGCCAGGACCCUAUAUAUGUACUGUUGAUGAAGUUAGGUGCUGUUCUGAGCAUUAUUUGUGGCUAUAGAGUGGCGUUUUGGUUGAGCGCAUGGCUCUCUUUAUUGCUAUCUUGCAGUCGUUACUAAAAUUGAUAUAACUAGAGAAGCAAGUGGUCUGCAACAUUCAUCUCUCGACGGACUGUCUAGCUCGGUGUUAAGGUGUGUUUGACCCUAAAUUAAUUUGACGCUGGAAUAUCCCUUAAACUCCUGCUUAUUUGCAUGCCCAAUUCGUAAAGAUGAAAAUUAUGGUAAGUAUGUGAACACAACACUACAGUGAAUUGGGUUUCCUCAUGUGACUGCGCCUUUUUGCAGCAAAAUAACAUGUAAAGACGAGGAUGAUGGAUCCAUGUCCUCUGAUUCUCUGGGAGAACAGCUGUUUGAGUUGGUGGAUGUUUACAAUACCGGCCACUCACAGAAAAUCACAGGUUAGUAACCAGAAGACACACCUCAUCAUCAUACAGUGAAGUAACACCUAGAUAUGAAGCAGCUCAUGUGUACUAUAAUGAUAAUAAUAAUACUGCUACUACUACUACUACUACUACUAUAAUAAUAAUAAUAAUAAUAAUAAUUACUUUAUUUGUAUAGCACUUUUAAAAACAGACGUUUACAAAGUGCUUUGAUAUAUAGUCAUAAAGCCCAUAGAAAAAGACAGAUAAAAACAAAAAGCUCAGUUAAAACAGAAUUGAAGGCCAUUUUCAUAUGUCAUAGGGAACCCAGACAACACAAGAACCAUGCAACAUAAAAUGAAACCACGAGGACCAAAAUAAAAACAUAAAAUAGGUAAGAAAAAAAGAAAUUGCAAUUAAAAGGGGGGUCAAAAGUGGAAACAGGAUCGUAAAUAUAAAAGGCAAUAUCAACAAUGAUAAUAAAAUAAUAACAGGAAAUACUGAUAAUAAUAGUAAUGAUAAAAUAGAGCAACAGAAAUGCGCAAGAGAUAAAACAAAAAAAAGCCUAAAAGGUUAAUUAAGAAAAUAGUACAAAUAUAACAAAAGCUAAAAAGAAAUAAGAGAGAGGUAAAAGAGAUAAGAGAUGUCAGAUAAAAGACGGCAUCACAUAAAAGCAAGUCUAUAAAAGUGAGUUUUUAAAUUUAACUUAAAAGAAGUGACUGUCUCUGCACGCCUUAUCUCCUCUGGCAAGUCGUACACUCAGAGUUUGAGGACACCUGCCCCAUGACUUUCAGCUGUGUAUGAAGUUCAGUGUAAUUUUAGAACAAUGUGCACGAGAAAAGAUGGUUCAUUAUUGGAGAACUACAAAGUGAAUACAUUCCUCAUACUAUAACGAUCUUUAGAUUUUCCCCCAUACUGGUGGGUUUCGGCAUGAAUUUUGAUCUGUGUAGUGAUUCCCGAACUCUUCCUCUGCUGCCAUCUUCAGGUCGGAUUAUAAACUGUCAUGUAACUUGAUUGAGGAGCAACUAUUUCAUACUUAAGGCAAUGAUCUCAGAAACAUGGACAUGGACAUGGACUCACUACCCCACUUCAAAUCAAAACUCAAAACACAUCUGUUCCAAAUUGCAUAUUCCCUUUAACUGUCCAUUUCCAUACCUGUAUGUUGUUCUUAUUUAUUUUAACUGUGUUUUAACUGUGUUCUUAAUGCCUGUACAGUGUCCUUGGGUGUCCAGAAAGGCGCUUUUAAAUAAAAUGUAUUAUUAUUAUUAUUAUGGGCGAAUACAGAAGAUUUUCUCAUUUACAAAGAUUUAUAAUGUGGGAUUUGUGGGAAGGACACGCCAUUCAUCAGUCAAGGAACACAGCUGUAAGUGGAACAAUUCUGUGGUUUAUACAAAUGUGAAGAACCUGCCUUGGAGUUUUUAUAGGAACUUUAUGAAGAGCUAAUAAAUGAAAAGUCUCAGUAAGAUAUUAGUGAUUCGGGCCUAUUUACAUCAAUGCAACCAUGUAAAAAAAAAACAAUACACACUAGAUCUAAUCAAUACCAGCAUAUUUACAUGGUCUGUGUGAUCAUUUUAGAAUUGAGUUCUAACACAGCUGUGUCUGAAUGCAUCUGUCAUGGAUUUGGAUUUUUAUGCCUAUCAAAAUAAAAAUAUAAAGAUUUUAUGCUUAUGAAAAUAAAGGUAUAAAACAACCCCUGACUAAUGCGGUUAAAUGUACUAACUCUGUUCUUCGACAGGGAUGCUCCUGGAGCAGGAUAAGGAGUCCGUUUUAAACCUCCUUUCAGACCCCGAACUGCUGGAGGAGCAGGUGAACUCUGCACUUAAGACCCUUGAAGAGUAAGUAUAUUAAGCAUACCUUUGUUUGCAUAUGAGGACAUGUUUUUUCUUAGUUUUUGUUUUUUUUUACGCCAUCUUUUCCUUUAGUUAAGAUCAUCGUAAAGUCAUAAUUCAAUCACACAUCUAUGAAAAAACAACAUUUAUUGUUCUAUGAAAACCAAACAAGUUUUGAGAAAUUACAUUCCUGUUUCCGCCCUUCAGGCAGAGUGUGGAGGAGACAGACAUAAGUGACUCAUCAGACACAGAUGACAUAGAGAGGCUGGGAGAGAAGCUCUUCUCCCUGGUGGAGCAGCUGGAUCCUCUUCAUGCAAAUGAUAUUACAGGUACCUGCAUGUCUGUAAAGGAUUUUUUGUGUCUCGAGGAAGUUUGUGUAUGUAGCUCAUUAGAACAAUAUUAAAUAGGGACCGACCAAUUUUAGCCCGUUUGAGACUAAUCGGUAGUUGGCCGAAACUUGCAGAUUUUUGCAGAUAUUUUCAGAAAUAAAAUGCAGAGAAAAAGAUUCGGUUUCACUUCGAAAAUGUUCUGCCAUUUGAAAAGUUCCCCAACUUGAUCCAUUAACUACCUCACAACACAGCAGAGUGACGGAUCUGAAGCAGGCAGCUCAGAGACGCACAGAGGAGAGUGGUCUGCCUCAACGGUUAAUAAACCAGUUUGUGAAAUACACACUAAGUCAACAAGUUUCAGUUCAACCCACUUCACAAUGUUCUUUUCUGGUCCGAGUUUGAUUCAUGAUAAAUUCAUGGAAUAUUACUGAGAUGAUCAGUUGGUCUUCCUGUCAGCAUGAAGAGCAGUAGCCUUCAGUCUAUCUACAGUAUAUAGUAUACUGUAGAUAUCUACAGUAGGCUAUAUGUAACUUAAAAAUUCAAAAAAUCAGCCAAAUAAUCGGUGAUCAUAUUUUUUCCCCCCUAAUAACUGGUAUCGGCAUCAGCCCCCAAAAUCCAUAUCGGUUGGGCCCUAAUAUUAAUGACAUUUCAUCUCUCAUAUUCUGCGUUAUUUUGUAGGUAUGCUGCUGGAAAUGGAUCCAGUUUCCCUUCAUCAGCUGCUCAGUGAUCACACAAUGCUGGAGGUGGCUGUUCAGAGAGCAAGAGCAGCACUGGACUCCUAGAGCUGGACCCUUCUUUCUAAAACAGGAGAGGACAAGAACAUUUCACAAAGCAGUUGAUGUGAUAUCAAAUAUGCAUUAUUCCAGGAAAUCAUGUAAAUAUAUUUUGUAUAACUGGGUAUUUUUGUUUUAUACAGAUUUUUCAGUCGGCUUUGGAUGGUCAAAUGUAAAUAUAAAAGUCAACAAAGCCUGUUCUGAGCUAAAACUGACAAUUUUCUACAAAUGAUGUCUAAUGAAAAUAUUUAUCCUUCUGCUUCAGCUUUGAUGCAGCCGUGAGCUCAACUUCAGAGUUACUGUUGCAUGAUUAAAAUGUUUACAACCAGAUUCCCUCAUUAGGCUGUAAGAGGAGGAUUGCCGACAGUCUUUGACGACAGUUUUCUUAGAUUGUGUGUUUUUGUACUGUACUAACAAUGAUGUAUCGGCCAGCUGUUCAGAGGAGUUGCCAGAAAUUCUUAUCUACAUGAAAAGAUUGUGCGGCCUGAGGUAAUCCAGUACAAUCACCAUAACUCACCUCUGUCACUCUACGAAAUAUUAAAAAUGUCAAAUGAAUAAAUAAAACUAGUGAUGGAAACAGCCUGUUUUCACUUUUUGUGUAUAGGCAAGUUUGUACUGUUGUUAAUCAGUCUUUUGUUGACAAAUGAUCUGAAAUGUGCAAUGUGCAAUGAAAUGAAUUUAAAUUUAAAUCAAAAUAUGACAAAAGGACAAAACUGUAAUGUGUGCACUUCUUUGGGAUCUGAACUUGAUUUUUAAGAGAAAGUUCUGUCUGUAUUGAUUAAAAUUUGAAUAUUUUCCUUCA